AUUAUGUAUUCUCUUCCUCGCCGAGGUGCUUGUGGCUCCUCCUCGGCGCGCCUCGUUGCUGCGAAACCCUGAUUCUGUCUCGUGUGUCUUCAUCAGGCCUGAUUCUUAGUGUAGUUUUGAGUUUGACACAGUGUUCAUUGUUUUCUCGGUGCGGUGUUGGUGAGGUCAGAAGGUGCCGGUCCUGUCGUGGUGUAUUUUAGGUCUGCUUGGGCUCGUGGCGUUUCAAUAGCUGCUAGGAUCUCUGCAGCUUUCCCGCUAUGGCCGAACAUCUUGCGUCCAUCUUCGGGACGGAGAAAGACCGUGUCAACUGUCCGUUUUACUUCAAGAUAGGAGUCUGCCGCCAUGGCGACCGGUGCUCGCGGCUUCACAACCGGCCGACUGCAAGUCAGACUUUGCUGCUCGCCAACAUGUACCAGUCCCCAGACGCUGGAUUUCAUGGCGGCGUGGAUCAGCAUGGGAACAUCCAGCAGUCGGAUCCUCGCAAACUUCAGGAGCAUUUUGAGGACUUUUAUGAAGACAUAUUUGAGGAGCUUAGCAAGUAUGGAGAGAUUGAGAAUCUAAAUGUUUGCGACAACCUUGCUGAUCACAUGAUCGGUAAUGUGUACGUGAAGUUUCGAGAAGAAGAGCAUGCCGCCGCUGCUUUGAAUGCCCUGAGUGGGCGUUUUUAUGCAGGGCGACCCAUUAUUCUUGACUUUUCUCCUGUGACAGAUUUCCGGGAAGCUACUUGCCGUCAGUACGAAGAGAACACUUGCAACAGAGGUGGUUAUUGUAACUUUAUGCAUCUAAAGAAGAUUUCAAGGGAAUUGAGAAGGAAGCUAUUCGGGAACUAUCGAAGGCGCAGCAGGAGUCGCAGUCAUUCUCCUUACGGUCGUGGAGAAGCCCGUGGUCCACCAAGCCCCAGACGUUACGGAGACAGGGAUUUCUACGAUUCUCGACGUGGUGGCGGUCGAGGUGGUGGUGGCCGAGGUAGAGGAUAUGGUCGAAGAUAUGAAGAGUGGGAUGAUCGACGGUACGAUGACCGUAGAGGUGGGGGUCGUUCUGAUGGAGGCAGGAGACGAGACAGAAGUAGAAGUAGAACUCCUACUAGGAGAGGGCGAAGUCCGGCCGCACGCGAGGGCUCUGCAGAGCGGAGGGCUAAGAUUGAUCAAUGGAAUCGUGAGCGCGAGGAACGUCAAGCAGCCGAAUCUGCCCCAGCUGGAUCUCCACCUCGAAGGGAUUCUGCAGCUUAUGAUAACGAAUAGGAGCACCAUUGUUCUGGUUUGUAUUUCGUUGUACUCUGUUCCCCUCAUUAUUUUGAGGUUAGGUCAAGUUCGAGUCCAUAGACUUUGGAAGAAAAACCGGAAGCCGUAGUGGUCUGUGCAGUCUUUGUCGGUUUACUGACAAGAAACCUGAGCUUGUGCGCAGGUCUCAGGUAUAGGUGCAAUGCAGCAGCAGUCUAGCUGCUAUUGAUAUGAACACUCUUUGAAUUGUGAGCUGUCAGGGGAGCAACAUGCUACUAUUUUUUUUUUCUGGUGAACAGCGUGCAGAGUAUUGUAGAAAUGCAGGUGCAUGUUAAGAAAAUGGUAAGCCAGCUCACAGUUGUGUCAAGGUGGACCUGCAGGUUGCAGGGAUCCCAAUUCUGCUGGUUAGAGGCACAGGUUGAAAGUUAACAUGCCCUUUGGACUGAACAGGUGAAGCUGAUACUCAGUCAGCAGGUGCAAGCGAAGAGGCGUUCUACAUGUUGGAGAUCGGACAACCAGGAAGUUCUGCUGGGUCAGAUAGUUGCUGAAUAUUGAAUAGUUUUGAUGGCAGCGGUUGUUGCUGUGUGUGUGCAGGUGCAGGCAUGGGCCCUGUGUUAGUGUCCUCUAGGAGAAUAAUUUUUAUCCUGAAACUCGUGUGUGUUUUAGAGACAGGUCUUGCAGGACAUCUUGUAGUAUUCAGGAGUUAGUGUUUGGUCUCUGUUCAGUGCAAUGCAUCAUGGUACCACUCCAACAUUUAGUGUGCGAUGUGCUGUGCAAUUCCUCCUAGUGAAGAUGAGGCUAAGAUGAUGAGGCUAGGGUGUGGGGUUUCGAUAUGGUGAUUAAUUUUUGUCAAUAUCAUCUGAUGUGAGUUUCUGUCGAACAACUGCAUUGUAUGUACCUGAUAAGUUUCUGUAAUCAUUCAACCCAAUUACACGUGCUCAGCAGAA